AUCUUUGUAAAACAAAUCCCUUGCUUCCUUCAAAACAGUACUAUUAACAUAAUCGUAAAACCCCUCACCGCUAGCAACAAACACCAAAAAUAAAAUGUGUGACUCGGACUCGGGGGAAAGUACCUCUUCGGCAUCGUCGCUCAUCUCGCUGCGUUCGUCUUCGUCCUCGGGCUUAAGUGAGUUCGUUGAUGCCAAAAUAGAGCUGCAGGACAUAUACCAGGAUUUGGACAAAUUUAUCUCUUCACUUAUGAUCACCGUCGAGGGGAGUAAUCUGUUGGAUGAGGCGGAGGAGCAGCAGCAAAUGGAGCAGCUCCGCUGCUUCUCCAGCAAAGUGCAGGCCAUCGAAAAGGUCAUGUCCAGAGAUCGAAUGAAGGUGGCCUUUUUCGGAAGAACUUCGAAUGGCAAGAGCGCAGUGAUCAAUGCCCUGCUCCAUGAUAGAAUAUUGCCCAGCGCCAUGGGUCAUACAACCAGCUGCUUUUGCCUGGUGCAGGCCACCGCUGAUGAAGAGGAUCCGGAGCAUGUGCGGGUCGAGCAGGAGAAUCUGCACCUGGAGCUGGGUGCUUUAAAGGAACUGGCCAGUGCACACUCUCCGAGAGCCAUGAAACCCAGUACCCUUCUGCACGUGAAUAUGCCCAGGAGUCGCUGUCGCCUGCUGGACUACGAUGUGGUUCUGUUGGACACGCCUGGCGUGGAUGUAACAGCCCAGUUGGAUGACUGCCUGGAUCGUUAUUGCAUGGAUGCCGAUGUUUUCAUCCUGGUCCUUAAUGCAGAGUCCACAAUUUCACGCGUGGAGCAGCAGUUUUUCAAGGAUGUGGCUUCGAAACUCUCGCGACCAAACCUCUUCAUCCUAAACAAUCGCUGGGAUAUGGCCAGCAGCCAGGAACCGGAAAUGGAGUUGCAGGUGAGGGAUCAGCACAUUGAACGGUGCCUGAAGCUGCUCAUCGAAGAUUUGGGCGUGUACUCAACUGUGGAGCAAGCGCGGCGGAGGAUUUACCAUGUCUCGGCUCUGGAGGCUUUGCAACUGCGAAACGGAUGCAACCAAAAUCCCACUGUACCAACGCAAGAGCGAUAUCUGGAGUUUCAGAGGUUUGAGACUGAUUUUUCAAACUGCCUGGCGCACUCUGCUCUAAAGACCAAAUUCGAGCAGCAUUUGCUGAGUGCUCUGGAUAUUCUGGCCCAGUUAGAGGCCACGUUGAUAGGUCCUCUUACGUCCAAAUUGGGCCAACUUUUGAAGGAAACUGGUGAGGAAGCAAAUAAGCUUUAUGCGGAAAUAAAUGAUCAGGGACUCCGAGUUGUGCAGCGAAAGGAAGAGCUUGAGGAUCAAGUCGAAAAACUGUGUGAGGAGGCCCAGGCGAUGGGACAGCAGGUGCUGAGGGAUCAGAUCACUAGAGUCCUUCCCUCAGCCGUGCGAUCCUUUUCGCAACCGUUUCAUCCCCAGAUGGUGAGACAACUUGGUCACUAUCAGCGAUCCCUGAGUGCCCACUUGGAGGUCCUACUCACGGACGAGAUCCUAGAACGCCUUUCUAUACCGCUGCAGGUUAAAUUGAGCCAGCUGGAGCUGGAAGUGCAGGGUAAACCCAAUGAGGAAACUCUGAAUUGGCAGCUCAUCUACGGACUGGAUUGCCAAUCCCUGAUGGGUGACUUUCAACCUGAUCUGCGAUUCCGUUUCUCCUGGGGAUUGGCUGCGUUUUGGCAGCGCUUCCAUGGAAAGCUUUCGCUGCCCGCCAAUUCAGUGCAGGAGCGAAAGCUACUCAAUGGCCAUAAGGAGGUCACACCUGCUGCUGCUCCUCUGAUCAAUCCAAGUCAGCUGGAGAUAAUAGCAUCCCUACUCAAAUCGGAUGGCUCUCUUGGAGCCUUACUACUCAGUGGAAUCGCUGUUCGCUCGGUGGGCUGGCGGGUGAUGCUUAUCGUCGGCAGCCUCUUGGGAUCCAUGUACCUCUACGAGCUGCUCAGUUGGACGCCAUCCGCUCAGGAGCGGAGCUUCAAGUCUCAGUACACGGAGCACUUGCAGCGGCAUCUGCGGGCGAGAGUGCAACAGACGGCAACCGGAUUCGAGCUACAAUUCAAGCAGCAGCUGGGAAAGGUUCAGAACUCUUGGACAGACGAGGUUCGUCUAAUGGGGAUGGACUUGAACUCGAAGAUUUUAAAACUAAGGGAGCGACUGAACUCGAUGCAGGAACUACAGCUGAAGUUGAAGGAGUUUCGUUCCAAGGGAAACAUGCUGGCGAUUCGAUUGCGGGAGUUUCAAGAGCUCUACUUGGCAAGCAGGGUUUAAAUUAUGAGGGUUUAAAUUUGAAUUUUAGUUUAGUUUAGUUUUAUUUUUGUUGGAUUACAUUAAAUUAUACUUAUAGUUAACCUUUAAAA